AUGUCCCUACUAGAAGCCCAAAGACAGCUCUUGGAAGAAAACGAUGCUUUGGAGGUGGCUGUAGCACAGCGGUUCCGGAAGAAUCCGGGUCUUGCCGGGUCUUGCCGGGUCGACCAGUCCCACAAGCUAGCCACCAAGAAGAAGCGGUCUCAUAAAGAAACGCUUCUCGAGGAGCACGAGCUCAAGUUCUUCGAGGAGACCUUCAGUGGUAACUCCAAACGUCUAAAAGAACAGCUCAGCUCGAAAACUGAUCUCGUGAAGGAAAUCAAAGCAUUCAAGGACCCAGACUUCAAGUUCCAUCUGUUCCUAGAUGCCAUGAAGGACUUGGAUAACAAAAGAGGCGAUAAGCAGACGUCUGCCAAAACCGUGCUUUCAAGCAUUCUACCGUACCUGAGUGCUCCCGAAGAGGACCGGAAACCAGAAACCAAUAAGGUCAAACGGAAGCAUCUUCUUUCUGUAAUGGGUGCUCAUAUCAGACCCCAAUUGGGCUUGAAGUUCAAUGAGGUCGAACAGUUUGGCAAGUUUGUUGAUUUGUCAUUCUUCUUUGACCAGUACAAAUUAUUGGUUCCUUCGAAGGUUACGUAUGUGGACUACCUACGCAAGUUUGCAGACUUUCCGUAUCUGACUACGUCUGAUGAGUAUAAGCGGUACCUCAACCAGCUUCUCGAGUACUUGCUUGACUUCUACAAGAAAACACAUCCUCUUGAUGAAGUUGAGAAGCCUCUCGAGACAGAGGAGGAUUCUGGAGAAGAGCAGCUCGAGGAAGGGAAACCGAACGAUAAAGGCGAGGUCUUCUGCAAAGCCUGCGAUAAACUUUUUACCAAAGAGUCCGUGUACAAGGGCCACCUAGACGGAAAAAAGCACAAGAAGAACCAAAAAGCCCUUGAAGAGAACGAGCCCGCAAAGAAGGCGACCAGUGCCACCACAGAGAAACAAAUCGCUCAACUAGCGAAGCUCCUCAAACCCACCAUAGAAGAGACCAUCAACCAUAUAGAGAGAAGAGCUGCUGCUUCGGAGCGUGAGCGCAUGAUUGAAGACACUGCAUUGGCCGAGGAAGAGGAGGAGUUCACAGCCACAGACACAGACUCAAGUGACGAGUCGGAUAGUGACGACGACGAUGAUCUACUAUCCAAGCAUCUUCCUCUUGGCACAGAUGGAACACCCAUCCCACUCUGGCUCUACAAGCUCCAAGGUCUUCACAAGAGCUACAAUUGUGAAAUCUGUGGAAACACCAAGUACAAAGGUCGUCAGCAGUUUGACAAACACUUCCACCUGGCAAAGCAUAUACACGGUUUACAAUGCCUUGGUGUGGAUGACGAGGCUUUGGUGAGUUUUGUCGGCAUCUCCAGCAUUGACGAGGCCAAUGAGUUGUGGCAGAAGCUCAAGAAGAUGAGAAGAAAUGAGGAGAAGGCUGCUGAGACGGCAGUGGAGGUUGAGGAUGAAGAGGGCAAUGUCAUGCCCGAGAAAGACUACCUUGAGUUGAAGAAGCAGGGUCUUUUGUAA